GCAUCCAUAUAGGAUGGAGAGAGAGAGAGGGAGAUAGAGUUGUCUCUUAGUGUCAGGCUUAGGGUUUUUGGAGCUUUUGCCUUGUUUCUUUCACUCCACAUGUCAAAUGAGAUGAUAUGAUGGUGAAGUGAUGAUCUCACCCACCUCGUUUGCUUGAUGGGAUUAUCAUCGGUGGAGAAAUUCAUCCUCCGUUGUUCUUUAGGCCAUCUGGGAGUGAAGGCAAUUGGAGAAAGUUAGAGUCAUAUUCCUCUUGGUUUCUUCUUUAAAUUUCAUCCUUGAGCGAUAACUGAGGGGGAGAAGGUGUGAUGGCAAAGAAUUUGUCCGAGAAAUCUACUGACAAGGAAGAAGAUGAGGAGGAUUGUGAUGAAAACGCGAGAAAUGGUAGAAGCUCGAGCAAUAGCACAACCGAUGAAAGCAAGAAGAAGCUGAACUCAGGAUCCGUACGGCAAUACAUCCGAUCCAAUAAUCCUAGGCUCCGGUGGACACCAGAUCUCCAUCUUUGCUUUGUUCGUGCUGUCGAGAGGCUCGGUGGCCAAGAUCGAGCGACGCCUAAGUUAGUUCUCCAACUGAUGAACGUUAAGGGCCUCAGCAUCUCUCAUGUCAAGAGUCAUUUACAAAUGUAUAGGAGCAAAAAAAUUGAUGAAUCUGAUCGAGAUGAUUCAAGGAAUACGAUCGAGGGUCGGGCGCGGCAUGCAUACAUCCUUAGUCAUCUUCCUGCAUUGCAAGGCUUUCCUCAGAGACCUCAAACCUUUUCAAGUCGUGAAUUUCGGAGCACCAUGGAUUUGGGAUCUCAUAGUUCAGCUGCAGAGAUGAUCUUCAAAGGUCAUCACAGAAUGAUGGACAUUCGGGAUAUCCGCAUGGGUAGUCUUACUCCAAAUGAUCCAGCUAGUGGUGAACUGCAUGGGACAUUUGAAGACUUCCAUCUGCUCUACGAUCAUAAAAUUGAAAGACCCCAAUUUAGACCAAGAGGAAUGGAACCCUGCUUCAUAUCUCAAUGGCAUGAAAGAGGAAUCGAGCAGGCUACUCGAUUUAGUAACACCUGCACCCAAGAGAUUGAGCAGCAAAGAACGACAUCAUCAUUGAGCCUGGGAGGUUGCUUCGCGAUGAGAUGGAAAGAUGAUGAUCAUGAGCCAGAUUUGGAUCUAUCACUUAACGUCACACCGAGGUAUGAGAAGAGGAAAAGAUACUGGGAGAAUGAGGAAGUUGACAGUAGCUUAUCCCUCUCUUUGAUUUCUCCUUCCUCGAAACUGGAAGGGUGUUCUAGGGAUGUUGAGAAGGCCUCAAAGCAUAUCAGUUUGAAGGAGAAAGAUGGCAGUGGAGAGCAUGCAAGAGGGACAAGUACUCUAGAUCUGACUAUAUGAGUGGAAUGCAGUGAGAUCUUGUGGUACUUGUCUGAAGGGAGGGUGAGAUAGUGAUCUAUACUUGUUACUAUUCCUUUAGUUUCUGUUUUGUACUCGUCGCAUAGGUGUUAGAGCCUAAUAAGAUACUUCAGAGACUUCCACAUAGGCCUUUCCAUGUUCCAACCGAAGGCAUAGUAAGCUCACAGAGGCCUUGGAAAAAACUGGUCGGAAGCACAUGUAGCUUGACGUGCAGCUUCGAAUGUGCCUUUUCUCUGUGUAAUUAAAUGAUACUAUAUGAAUGCAUGUUGGAAAGGGUGGAUGCCAUUGACUA